AUGCCGCGGAAUCAGAUCGGCGACACGGUCCCCGGUGAAGUGGUGCCGCCGCCGAACCAAGUAGGGAAUCGGAGGGUCGGCCCGGUCUCCGGUGCCGCGGUGCCGCCUAAGCAAGUCAGGGAUCGAACGCCCGUGUCGGCCCCUCCGCCGUCGAAGCAACGCAAGGAUCAGACGGUCCGCCCGGUCUCCGUUGGAGCGGUGCUGCCGACGCAAGUCGGGGGUCGGACGCCCGUGUCAGUCCCUCCGUCGUUGCCCAGCCAGGAUCGAAAUCGGAGGGUCAGCACCGUCUCCGGUGGAGAGGUGCCGCUGAAGCAGGCUGGGAAUCGGUCGCCGUCGUCGACCCAGCUGUCGCCGAAGCAACGCCGGGAUCAGACGGUCGGCUCGGUGUCCGGCAGAGAACCCUCGCUGCAGAUGCACGCUACACAACAAGGCAGACCGGCCAGUUCCUCGAAAUCUAGGUCAUGUUCGGCUCUCCGCGGUAACACCAGUUUGCAUGCUCGUAAGCCAUCCGCUGCUGCAACCAAAACUGGUGUACAAGCGAAGCCAAAGAAGACCAAAGAGCUGGAAGAAGCUGAUAACGAAAUCAGAAAACUGAACAACUUGGGCUUGGGAGACGAUAUCAGCAACGAACAGUAUCGUGUUUAUCUCAACCAGCUGCCUCGCAAGCCUGAUGUCGACGUCUGCACCAAGCUGGAUGCUGUGCAGCUCAAGGAGCUCAAUGUGCGCCAUGCGUUGUAUCGCAACAAGUAUUAUCAGCUGUCACAACACGUGCCUGAGGAUAAGCUUUGCUAUGAUAAACUGAAGGAGGACUACCCACCUGGCCAUCGUCCUGUGGGGCAGGGAUCUUUUAAGUGCUCUGAGGAAGAUGGCGAAUUAGAUUGGUCUUUCCACCCUGACUACUGCAAACUUGCUGGCCUGGAGGACUACCAACGGCUGGUCCCUCGAAAUUAUGGUGGUUUUGAGUAUGUCAAUUGGGAUGAGUACCACAAGGAUUGUCAUAGCUAUGAAAUAGAACAAGAAUAUGUCAAAUUUUGUGAAGAAUUGUCCAAGAAACUUAAGUGGAUUGAAGCUUAUGUGUUAAAUAAGCCUCCAUCUCUUAUGUGGGGAAAGAUUUUGACCAGAGGAUCUUACCAAGCAAUCAAGAUCGCUACUGACUUCUCGAAGAUAUACGAUGGCUUAGCCUUUUCUGGCUUCUACGAAUGGUUAGAUAGCAUGGGUUUUGAUGUGUGUUGCUACAACGAGUUUGAUGGUCUCUAUUACGAGAUUUGGCAAAGGUACAACAUGGAGAAGAAAUUCAGAGAUGCUCUGUAUGAAGUCUAUGAACUUAACAUGUUUCCAUUACGCCAAGAAAGAAUGAGACGUGCAUUGGAGAAUGACACAUUCUGCUCCGACUUGGAAGAAGAGUUUCUUGCUUGCACAGCUUGCCUCGAUGAAUUUGCAGAUGACAAAAGCCAGAUUUCAGAGGAUAAAGCCCGGGAGUUGAUUGCAGAGGCACUUAGAAAGGAGACGCAGAAACCAAAGUUCUAUGAGGAUUAUUGUAGGAAGAAGCUAGAUAUUGCUCAAGCUAUUGGAUUAAUUCCCAGCAUACCGUCUUAA